UUUAUUUAUUGCGGGCUUGCGACUGACCUGAGCAUUCGAAGAGAGAGAAAGAGGGAUAUUUAGAGAGAGAGUGUGUGUUUAGAGAGAGAAAGAGAUGGGAGUGGGAGGAUAUGGCCCUGUUCUUUCUCAACUGGUUUAUACCUCGUCUCUUGGGGUUAUGUAUGUCCUCAUCAAGGCUGCCUUUGAGCAUGGCAUGAAUCACUACGUUUUUGUAACUUACAGGCAGGCUUCGGCCACUCUCGCCAUUGCUCCUAUUGCUUUUUUCUUCGACAGGAAAAGAAUGCCUCCCCUUGACUUCAAGAUUUUGUUUCAUAUUUUCAUGAUGGCGCUCUUGGGGAUCACACUAGAACAGGUUCUCUACUUUUGGGGCUUCGAUAACACCACUUCAACUUAUGCUGCGACCAUAUCAAACCUCAUCCCUGCAAUAGCCUUUGUCAUGGCCUGUGUCCUGAGAUUGGAGAACAUGAAUAUCAAGAGCCCAAGGGGCCAGGUGAAGGUCAUUGGCACCAUUUUAUGCGUAGGAGGUGCUAUGAUCAUGACAGUCGUCAAGGGUCCGACCUUUGAAUUCUUACAUCACCUUAGGACAUCAAAAUCUCUUUCUGAUAUUUUGGGUGCAAAAUCACUGGUUGUUACAAGUGGAAACUUGAUCUUGGGCCUAAUUUUGCUCAUAAUAAGUGAUAUUGCUUAUUCUGCAUGGAUAAGUUACCAGGCUUGGGUUUUCAAGAAUUACCCUGCUCAACUCUUAUUGACUGCACUCAUGUUGCUCAUGGCUACGGUUCAGUGCGGUGUGGUUGCUGUUUGCUUCGAAAGAUCUACAACAGCUUGGAGACUAGCUUGGAAUUACAGACUUCUAACAUAUAUCUACAGCGGUGUUUUUUGCUCGGCUAUAGGUUUUUUUAUUCAAAGCUGGUGUAUCAACAAGAGAGGCCCCAUCUUUGCAGCUGCUUUCUACCCUUUAAGCUCAGUUAUAACUGCAAUUUUGGAGCCAAUCUUUCUCCAUGUUGAUCUCCAUGUUGGGAGUGCUGUAGGAAUGAUUGUGAUAAUUGUUGGGCUCUAUGUUGUUCUCUGGGGAAAAGCCAAAGAUUUGAAGGGCAACACCAAUUUAUUACCCACACAAAUGGGAGAUGGAGUGGAAAGACAAGAGCAAGCAGUGGAGAUGCCCAAAGUAAAGAACCAAAAUGAAGAACUAAAUUGCUAGGCGAUGCUAUAGUGGGUGACCAAAAAAAAAAAUUGCCUUAAGAAACACAUGCAUAGGACAAAAUAAGAAAACCCAUGGCAGAGACAAUUACACAUCAUGGGCCAAAUAAAUUAUUUAUCUCUAAGAUGUAGAUGGCCCUUGUAUUUGAACAAUAAAAAUGUCAUCAAGUUUAAAUGUUGUUGUAAUUAAGUAAUCUCGCAAAAUGUAGCAGAAAGGCUGAAAUGCUCAAAGAAAUUGAGAACUAUUUUUCCCAUUUUUCUUGGAGAAAAAUAUGUAUUAUUGAAUAGAACUCCGGCUCCUGAUCCCUUUUCUUGGGACAC